GCCAAGACAGCCGAAGUUGUGUGCGAGAGACGGCCAGUCUGGAGUAAAUCUGAAACACAAUGGAUGCAGUUCGUUGUUGUUUAACAUUCGUAGUCCUGCUCUUAGGGACUGGACUACAGGAGACCGAAGCCUUACAGUGUUACUGCCACCGUUGCUUCAACUCAACCUGUAAAACAGAUGGCCUUUGCUUCAUAUCGAUCACCCGGUCAGGAAGCAAGAUCACAAAGCAGAGCUCCAUGUGCAUAGGGGAGAACGACCUCAUUCCCAGGGACAGGCCCUUCGUGUGUGCACCUUCUCACAAAGAUGAUACCAGCAUCUAUCCUCUGUGCUGCAACACUGACCUCUGCAAUAAAGACCCCCCUGUUCUGCCAUCAUUAGAACCUCCAAACCCAACUCCUCUGUAUCUGGGACCUGUGGCCUUAGCAGCAGUGAUAGCUGGGCCCGUCUGCGUCUUGUGCUUUGUCCUGGUGUUGGUGUUCUAUAUUUGCCACAGCCGCUCGGUGAUUCACCACCGAGUUCCCAAUGAAGAGGACCCGUCUUUAGAUCGGCCCUUCAUCACAGAAGGCACCACCCUGAAGGACCUGAUCUAUGACAUGACAACAUCAGGGUCAGGAUCAGGUCUGCCCUUGUUGGUUCAAAGAACUAUCGCAAGAACAAUAGUUCUGCAGGAGAGCAUUGGAAAAGGGCGUUUUGGUGAGGUCUGGCGGGGGAAGUGGAGAGGAGAGGAAGUUGCUGUGAAGAUCUUUUCUUCCCGGGAAGAGCGUUCAUGGUUUCGAGAAGCGGAGAUUUACCAGACCGUCAUGCUACGUCAUGAAAAUAUCCUGGGAUUCAUUGCGGCUGACAAUAAAGAUAAUGGAACCUGGACUCAGUUGUGGCUGGUCUCUGACUACCAUGAGCAUGGAUCGUUAUUUGACUAUUUAAACAGAUACACAGUCACUGUAGAGGGCAUGAUUAAGCUAUCGCUAUCUACAGCCAGUGGACUGGCCCAUCUCCACAUGGAAAUAGUCGGAACACAAGGUAAACCUGCAAUUGCCCACAGAGAUCUCAAGUCCAAAAACAUCUUGGUGAAAAAGAACGGAACAUGCUGCAUCGCGGAUCUAGGUCUAGCAGUUAGGCAUGAUUCGGCUACAGACACCAUUGAUAUUGCUCCAAACCACAGAGUGGGAACGAAAAGGUACAUGGCUCCAGAAGUCCUGGAUGAUUCUAUAAAUAUGAAGCAUUUUGAGUCUUUCAAGAGAGCAGAUAUCUAUGCCAUGGGACUGGUUUUCUGGGAGAUUGCUCGCAGGUGUUCUAUUGGUGGAAUCCAUGAAGACUACCAGCUCCCUUACUAUGAUCUGGUGCAGUCUGACCCCUCGGUGGAGGAAAUGAGGAAAGUGGUGUGUGAACAGAAGCUGCGGCCCAACAUUCCCAACAGGUGGCAGAGCUGCGAGGCUCUGCGCGUGAUGGCCAAGAUCAUGCGUGAGUGUUGGUACGCUAACGGAGCAGCCCGCCUCACAGCCCUUCGCAUUAAGAAGACAUUGUCACAGCUCAGCCAGCAGGAAGGAAUUAAAAUGUAAACUGAAGGCCUUUGAUAAACCUAAGGUUUUAUUUUAUUUUUAUACGUCUUUUUUUUUUUGGAGAAAAAAAGCAUUAUUAUGAAGGUGGUUUUUCAUUUCAACACCUGGGUUGCAAUCAGUUGGAAAGAAUACUUGUUCUACCUCACCGAGGUAACUGAAGCGGGAUCUCACUGCCUUUUUGAAACUUAAUAGGAACAUGUCUAUAAGCUGAACUCUCUCUCUACAGAGACACUACUCCCCCCAGCUGAGUGGGAUCCUCUCUGCACACUAUGAGCACCUCCUUCUCCCAGGAUAUUUACAGACUCUGUUGUAGACUAGCUUUAUUUUUAUUAACGUUUCAUCUUGAUUUGACAAAGUAUUUUAUAUUUGGUGGUCUUAACGUAUAGGUAACAGUGCUUUAAGUAAAAUGAUUUUACUUGCAGUGGGGGCUGGGCUGGUCAAAUCAAUGAAGAACAGUGUUAAGAAGGAUGGAAUUAACUAUUCCUUAUUUUAGUAUCAGGUACUUUAUAUAAUCAGCAUUUCCAUUCAUUUUUGCCUUCAAGAGAUGUGGAAUUAUCUCUGUGGAACAUAUUGCACCUUUUUCUUUGUGUUUUAUUCUACAGAUCAACAUAAGUUAUUUCUUUAUGAUUUUUGAAGAAAAUAUGGACAUGACCUCAUUCAGUCUUGGCGAACAUGCUAUGACAUAUGCAAUAGAUAUUUUAUAUAUUACUGCUCUCUUCUAAAAAACCAUGCCUUCCAAGACAGGUGUUAACCAGAAAGUGCCACUGCUCUGAAUCAGUACCAUUCACACCCAGCCAGUGUGAAAAGCCCACAUCUUUGCAUUAGGUCUUCAGAGAAACUCUUCAGGGUAUUCACAGGAUGCUGUUCACUGACGGUCAAGACAGGAUCAUGUAGAGCUUAAGGUCAGGGGUAGCCAUGAGCCCACUCUCAUGCCAUUGUCUUUCUGUUUCAUUAACUUGUGCUCCUGAUAUAACUACAAUGGAUUUUUAAUUUUGUUGUGGCUAUUUUAAAAUGUUAUGCUUAGUUCUCUUACACGUUUCCAUUUUUUCCAUAAAUGAUACAUUAGAUUUUCUUAUUGUCAUUUAAGAUUUUUUAAUGGUGGAAUCUUUGAAAAGUCACUUUAUAAACAUAAGUUUUCUUUUUUACAUGUUCAUGUAAUUUUUUAAAAGAAUUUGUGGUACAUUCGAAUAUAGAAAGUGAAUCUUUACUGAAGCCAUAGCUUUUCCAGCAUCAUGUGGCAACCUUUUUUUCUACAGGAAUGUACAAAAAUCAAUCAGCUGUUACAAAUGGACUACUUCAUAUUACUCUGAGAAAGCCUUAAGGGACCAACAGAAGGCUUCAAAUUUGUUGGCUUUUUGUAGAAGAAAUAGUAGGUACCAUAUAAAAAAAGUAGCACCAGAUUAUCAAUUAUAUUUUUGAACAAAUUCAGGUACCAUAUUAUCACACAUAAUCGUGUAUGUUUAAAAGCAAAAUUGGACAUUUUUGUGUGUUUAUGUAUGUUACAGAAAGAAACUGAAAAGUGUUAUCAUUCUUUAUUUGAAAAGUAAUUAACUAAUUCCUUUAUCCAUAGGACACUAUGGAUUAUUGGUGUAAUAAGUAAGAAUAAAAUAUCAAAGGUAUUUUUUUGGGACUUGUAUUGAACACGGAUUUUUCCUAAUGAGUAGUUGUCAGACUCCAAGUGAAUUGUAUCCAAAGUUCAUACAGGCGAUGCCAGAAGUCUGCAACGUUAUGAGCAGGUAUUGCUGCUGCUUGCUAGGCGAAAUCCUUGUCCAGUAAAAUUGGGAAAAAAUGACAAGCAUCAUUUAUAGUUAUUAAUGUACAUUAGUGAAUAGCAUUGCUUGAGAUGAAGACUGGCAAAGCUUGUCUGUUACUGUAUAUAUACCCAAAUUAUAAAGUAUGCGCUGUUACAUCUGGGAAUAAGAAUAAAACCUCACUUUGCUGAUAAUUCUUACUAUUCUGACAAGACAAAUAGUCAAUAUUGACAAAUAAUGUGGAAACCAUUAAAAAGGGUCAUGUUUAAGAAUAAUGCCUGUAUUUUGGUUCAAUUUAGCAAUAAGUGCACUUCUAUGAAACACUGCACGUUCAAAUGCGUGGUAAUAUGGUCAUAUGUAAUGUAUUUUUUAUUUUGAAUGCAAUGUAAUGGACACCAUGCUGCUACAAAUAGUAUUCUCAUUUGUUCAAUUUGUUUACAGGAACAUUUGAGGAAAAAUAGGUUCUUGCAAGCUCACAGAUUGGAUGUACAUAUUCAAAAAUGCUUGCCAGAUUUGUGCCAUGAAAUUCUAUGUUCAAGGUUCAUUCUGUGACAAACAGUGACUUGCAAACAUAGCGCUGUCUCAGAUUUCAAUGUGACUCGUUGCCUGUGGUGUAUUUUUUUUUUAUCAGCUCCAAUUCCCAAACUGGACCUUAGUUGAAUUAGUAGUUCUUUAAGUGUGGAAGCAGGCAAUUCUCAGGGUCAAAGGUCACUACUGGUAAUUGAUCAAACUCAGCUGACCGAGGAAUUUAUGCAGAAUUAUUCCAAAACCAUGUCUCCAACUUCAUUCAGAACAAAAAUGUUCUUCACUGCUGUAUUCCAGCUUUUAUUUGAAAUGUGAAUUUUUCCCAGGUAACAGCUUUCAUUAAAAUCCCAGAUGGCGGCAUGUUAAAAUGACAACUAUUUCCUUUAAAAUGUCAUGGAAUGACUCGAAAGAAAAUAGCCGUUGAAAUCUGUUGUGCCAUGCGAAUAAUGUGUGAUUGGUUCCUGUUACAUGUUAAGAUUGUAAUCACCCAGUUGAAAUAGACUAAAACUUAGGUAUUACAUAGUAUUGAUGUAGAGGUUACUUAAAAUGCAGUUCCACAGUAUGAAAUGCAAGUGUCAUAACAAAAGUGAAAACUACCCCAGUGCAGAGGAGAUGCAUUUAUUGAAGCUGUGAUCUAGUGAACAAACGUGGAAUAUUUUUCUUGCAGCUAAAAAAUCUAGGGAACUAAGUACCAAGGUCAACCUCAGACCUUUUUAUCGGACAGACCAUCUCAUGAAGUUGAUGUCAUAUUGAGAUCAUCAUAACACCCUGACCCCCCCCUGCAUAUCACUUCACACAUGACGUGUCUUAAAUCACCAGCAGCCUUUUAAUCGUACAAUUCAAGCAUACGUCCAGGUGUUUUAAAUUGACAUAUCUCAGCCUCUGUGGGUCUUGCCAAUUAGUGGCUUUACAAACCAUGCCUUCUGCUGCUCUGCAAUUUUCGCAAUAGGGGAAUUUCUGAGCCAACCCUUAGCUUUCCGAGUCGGGAAAACUUGAACUUAGUUUGGGAAUUGGACCUAACUUUUUCCCAUAACGAGUUCACGGUUUCCUGUCACCUGCUGGCACCAGUGCCCCUUUUGAUGCCAUGCCUCAUGAUUUUGUUUGCCACUCCACAGUGUGGAGGAAGACAUGGGCUAACAGGUGUAAAACAUCAAACAUAAAAAGAGGUGAUCUUUUUUCUUCAUGGUUUAUUUUUUAAGCCCUUUUGCGACCUCAAACCAGAGACCAAGUUCCUGUUUGUUACAAACAGUAGAGCACUUAAUUUGGAAAAUGUAGAAGACUAAAUGUUAUAAUUGAAAUUAGUUGAAGAUGACAGGUUUGAUAAAAGUGGAAGAAUGGGUGAUGUUUCACUCAUUAGAAGGUGAUCCCGAGUCAUCAAUUGGGAAGUAUCAGGGUGAAAGUACACUUAAGAGAGCUAGGGUUUUUCUGCUCCCAUUAACUUUAAAAAUCACAUAACACCAUGAAAACUAUUCCUUUUGUUGGCAUUUUGAGCGUGGUAUGAAAAUAAAGCUGAAGCGCUGCUCAUACUGCCUGGUGACUGUGACCUGGUGUGGGUCACAGAAGGGUGUGAUUUAUUUGGGGGUCAGCUGAGGUGCUUUUCACUUGAUGAAUUUGGCUGCUGUUUUGAAAGAUAGGUGCAGGCAGACGAAAGCUUUCACAUUUUAGUGCCUAAGUUUGACUAUUUUAAUUGGCCUUUUUUCUGCCUGAGAUGAUACCCUGCAUGUGAUUGAAUUCUGAUGUUUGCAUCACUUGCUUUUAAAAAAUAGGUUAAAAAAUACCUCUUCUAAAGACCAAUGUAUUUUUACCUCAAUGUAUAUAAAGGAUUUAUUUUCCAGGUUUGCAGUUCUGUUUCUGUGGAACACUAAAUUGAAAAAAAAAAUUGUCAAUGAUACUUACAUUGUGUUGUGUUUUGUAUUGUGCCCAAAUUGUAGUAAGUAAGUAAUUAUAUUCCUCUUUUUACCAUAACCUCUGUUUGACUGCUUUUUGUCCAAAAUGUUUAUGCUUUAAGAAUGUCAGCAUCUGUAUUUUGUAUAUUUGAUUUUUUUUUCCUUUCUUUAAGUGGUCAAUAUGAGGAUGAUGCAAAAGAAAAACCCUUCUACAUUAAGUUCUGGAACAUGCUUUCCCUAUUUUUUUUUAAUUGUAUGCAUUGGCUUUUGCAGUGUACAAAAGAAUGAACAAUGAAGAUAGGAAAGUAGCUUUGAGUGAUGCUUAUGUUAAGAUCUAACCUAGUACUGUAGAAAGUGAAUAAAAAGAUGAGUUUCCUUAUUUUA